UUUUUGCACAGGGAAGUUAGCUACAGACAUCGUCCAUGUUCCAUUGUACCUUUCACAACUGAGGCUAUGUCGAGUUACUGGAAUUAAGUUCCUGUCUAAACUGGGAUGGAAAAAACAUUGUGAUACGUUAGAGGAGGAAAGUCGACGUAUGCAAUAUGAUCUUCGUUUUGGAAAUCAGUAUGUUGCAGAAUAUGAUCAUGCUGAAAUCAAACGGGAUAUGAAUUACACAUAUGCCGAACCCUUAGUUUACGACGACCUUAUCAACUUGAUGGUAAAUUGGCCGGAAUGUCAUUUCGGAAGUGCCUGCAGCGAUUCAUCUGCGCAUAAAAAUAAUGACAAAUCACACGUGGAGAACCUGACAGAACAGAUUCCUAAUUCGGAAAUAGAACAAACGACAAAUGCUAACAGUGAAAAGAGAUAUGAGUCUUUGUAUUUCGAUUCAUUAGGAAAAGGACCAAAUGUAUAUGACGAAAGUGUUCUACAAUCCGGUAUAAAGUACUCAUACGCUGAGCCUGUAGCCUAUGAAAGCUUAAUAAACAUAGGGAAGAGACAAUUCAACAUUUACGACACACUGUCGGAAAAUAAGCCUACAGGGACACGUGCAAAGAAUAUUGAGGAAUUUUCUAGCAAAGAUGUUUUAGAACUAUUGCAGAAUAAAGGAAUGGAAAAGUAUUCUGAGUCAUUUGCUACGCAUCAGAUAGAUGGAAAACUGCUCGUCGGACUGAAUGAAGGUAUCCUGGCUGAAGAAUUUGGUAUGACAAGAACAGAAAUAUACAGACUGAAAGACAUUUCAUUGGAAGAAGGUAAUACUCAAAGACACAAAAGUGAUCAUUCUGAAACGACAUGUGAUUAUGAUUGUGCAAACGUGUUUAAUACAGUUACCCCUGACAGGCUAGAGGGCACGAAACAGAAACAAAAGACAGAAUGUGUUUCAAGUAGUAGUAUCAACGCUUCGAAGCAUGUUCAAAUAAUGUCAGCAUUGGAAUCUAGGUCAUAUAUGCAGCAAAAAGCUCCUAAACUGCCACCCAAACCUUUUUUGUCAAAAUCAAGGCUCCAAGUUUCAAAUCAACAAAGGAUAAAAAUGUCAAAACCUUCAUCUGCAACUUCCUAGAUAAUAGAGUUAGUUUGUCUCAACUAAAUAUUUUGCAAAAAGAAUUAAGUUGUCAGUUUUCACUAAAUAGUGAAUAAGACGAAUCUAAAAUGCAAUGUAAGAUGACAAGGCAGGAAGAACAGAACGAAAGCACUGCAAAUAUUCGAACGUCAAAUAACAUAUCAACAAGUACAUCACUAAGGUAUCCGGUCCAGAAAGUCUAUAAAACAGUUUGAUUACGAUAUAUCAAAUACUUAUGUGUGGUAAGCUCAUAUACUUUUUUUUAUCAUCUGAAAGUGUAUUGUCUACUGAAAAAAUAUAUAUAUGUCACUUGACAACAUAUGUUAAAGAUUAUUUUUACACUUUAUAGUUUUCAGUGUUAUGUCAACAGAAAUCCAGUCAUUUUAGUGUAAGCUUUAUCACUUUACAGUCAAAAACAUGACUAUAGUGAAACGUGUAUGUUAUUAUGGUCAUCUUAUUUUCUAUGUCUUGUUCAGCAAACACAACUCAUAUGAUACCAAGAAAGCAUGGGGUCACCAGGCCUCGAAAUGUUACCUAUUUGUGGAUCAGGUACCUUGAUAGAAUAGUGUCGUUCUUGUGGCACUUACAUUCCCCAACGUGAUAGCUAUACUUCCCUACGUGACACUUGUUCUACUUAAUCCAAUGAAAACUCAACUAGGCAUUGUUGUAAAUUUUAUACAGAUAUCAUAACUUUGGUAAUACAUCUCUAAAUUUAAAAGCGAGAAAAUAGACGGCUCCAUCCUCUCACACUUUGAUGAAGACACUUAACGAAGAAUUUAAAUAUUAAUAGACUUGGGGCACUGUGAUUGCUGAAUUUUAUUAAAGAAGGAUAUUCAUCACAAGUUCGAAGCGAAAUUGACAAGUUAUAUGUGUACGCCAGGAAGACAGAAUGGUGUACAAAUUUACAGUAUAUGCAAAAGUAUUUUAAUCCGCAAUGAUCUGCUAUGAAUAUUUAAAAAGAAUCGAGACAAUUGUAAAUAAAAGUGAUGCAAAAUAGAUGAUUAUCUGUAAAUAUCCAUGCUCUUUCGAAUUGCAAAUUCAUUACGGUAAAUGUAAGGAUAUUUAUUUUCAUUUUUGUGUAAUUUUACGUUAUAUAUUGUCAGUGUAUAUAAUUCCUAUACCAUUUUCACUGUG